GUAGAGAGAAAAAAUUAAAAAAAGGUAAAUUAGAAAGAGUGGAAAGAGAGAGAAAUAAAUAAGGAAAGAAGCACUUUUUAGUAAUAAUCUUUGGACACUUUCACCCCUCAUUCAAUGCUUUACCAAACUCCCUAUCCUCUUCUCUUUCAAUUUCAUCCCUUGCCUUCUUCUUCCACCAUUCAACAAGUUCCUCUCCCACAGGCUGAAAAAACAGAAAUGGAGUGCGUUGAAACAGCUUUGAAAACAAGUUUAAGGAAAGACAUGACCGUAAAACUCAACCCACAAACAUUCGUUGAUGAACUUUCAUGUCUCAAUGCACAAAAUGGUACCUCUUGUGAUGAUUUUUUUGUUGACGACCUACUUGACUUCUCUCACGUGAUUGAAGAACAACAACAACAAGAGGAAGAAAAAGAUUCCUCUAUUUGUGUCUCCCUCAAACAACACAACCAAAACCAUGAAAUUUCAAACCUUAACUCAACCAGUUUCUCUCUCAAAGACGAUUUUUGUUCCUUACCUACCACUGACCUCAACGUUCCGAGUGAUGAUGUUGCAGACUUGGAAUGGCUCUCUCAUUUCGUUGAAGAUUCCGAUUCCUUCUCAGAAUUCUCUGCUGCUUUACCUGUGGUUACUUUAACAGAGAAAAACCCAAAGAGUGUUGUUGUGGUUAAUGAGUCUGAGCCCAAGCCCGAGAAUAAGCCCAAAAGCCCGGUUUUUUCUCAACCCUGUUUCAAAACUCCGGUUCAGACCAAAGCUAGAAGCAAAAGAACAAGAACCAGUGUUCGGGUUUGGCCAUUCGGGUCAAAUUCUUUAACCGAAUCUUCUUCAAGCUCAACCACAACUUCGUCUUCAACCUCUUCUUCACCUACUAGCACCUUGUUGAUUUACACCAACUUAGCUCAAAAUCUUGAAAAGGUUUAUUCGGUUCCGGAGAAGAAACCGAAGAAAAUAGCUUCUUUUAAUGGGUCGGGUCACGGCACGGUGGCUCUGGCGCCGCGACGGUGCAGUCAUUGCGGUGUUCAGAAAACCCCUCAGUGGCGAACUGGCCCACUUGGAGCGAAAACGCUUUGCAAUGCAUGUGGGGUCCGUUUUAAAUCGGGUCGGUUAUUACCCGAAUACAGACCCGCUUGUAGUCCUACAUUUUCAAGUGAAUUACACUCAAACCAUCACCGGAAAGUGCUCGAGAUGCGGCGGAAGAAGGAGGUUGUUGGUGGUGUUGAAACCGGUUUGUCUCCUUCUCCGGUUGUUCCAAGUUUUUGAUUUAUUAUUUAAUUUAAUUUCCUUUUUUAAUUAUUUAAAAAAGAGAUUGAAAAAAAAUGAAGAAAAAAACUAGAUAGAGAAUGUAGUGCAGAUUUUAGACCCGGUUCAAUGGGACCCGAGUUAGUGUACACAUUUUUUUCCCUUGUAUUGAGUGCGCUAGGUUAGGCUUUUGUAACUGUUUAGGAGACUUUAAUUUGAUAUAUGCAUUAUGCAAGACCUUUUUAUCAUAAGUUUUUUUAAAUGAAUUUUCAUAUUAUCCAAAUGAUAAAGAUUUUUUUA